UGUGUGUGUGUGUGUGUGUGUGUGUGUGUAAGCUGCAGAGAGCCGAGCACCAGUGAGGCAAGCACAGUGAUCAGAUGCUCCCAUCGAGGAGGACGCAGAUGGACAGCUUAGUGCAGCCUCUCGUCGCCCAAUACCUCGCCAUGGGCUGUCAAUCAAAAGUCAACAACAAAAGUGAAAGUAUACCCACGGACAACAAGGGCAAAGACGAUGCGAGAGUGACUCCAGGAUGUGGCUCCAGGUCUAGAGUUUCCCCGCCGGGACGUCCUCAAAGGUUCCACAAACCCAGCCAGGUCCAGACCCCCACAAGUAAGCCGAUGACGUCUCUGGGUCACCUCACCAAGGGGGCGAGCUGGGAGGAGCUCAUCCAGGCUUGUUUGCAGGCCUUUGAUUCAGACGGCUCCGUAUGGCAACGCAGCCACUUAUUGAACAUCACCCUGACCAUGCAUCGUCUCCUCAUCUCCUCCAGCGAUCUGCUGGAUAAGCUCACUGCUUUAUUUAAAACAGCCAUGGACAACGAGCAGCCAGCAGAGUGCCAAAGGAUAUGCUACCUCAUCAGGCACUGGAUUCAGGAAUUCUGGAUGAUGUUCAGGUUGCAACACAGCUUGUCAGACAGCUUGGAUCAACUCCGGGAUUUGAUCAUGGAGCAGGGACAGGAGCAUCUCUGCUCUCUUCUAGAGACCAAAUGGAUAAACGAACGGGACUGGUCUUGGAAAGCCAGCCAGAAGAUCAAAGCUAACAGCAGCAAAAAGAGGAAGGUAUCUCUUCUUUUUGACCACCUGGAACCCAUCGAACUGGCCGAACAUCUCACCUUCCUGGAGUUUAAAUCAUUCUGCAGAAUAUCAUUUGUAGACUAUCAGAAAUACAUCCGCAACUGCUGCAUGAAGGACAUCCCCUUGAUGGAACGUUCCAUCGCGCUGUGUAAUGGUGUCUCCCAGUGGGUGCAGCUGAUGGUGCUGAGCAGGCCGACGGCUCAGCUGAGAGCUGAGGUUUUCACCAAGUUCAUCCAUGUGGCACAGGGUUUGCACGUCAUGCACAACUACAACACAUUAAUGGCAGUGGUGGGAGGGCUUUGUCACAGCUCCAUAUCCAGACUGAAGGACACCACCUCCCAUGUACCCAGUGAGGUCAUCAAGGUGUUAAAUGAAAUGACAGAUCUGCUGUCCUCCUGCCGGAACUUUGAUAACUACAGACAAGCAUUCAGCAGGUACACAGGUUUUAAAAUCCCCAUCCUGGGGGUCCACCUCAAAGACCUAAUUUCAGUCAACGAGGCCAUGCCGGACUAUGUGGAAGACAAUAAAGUGAACGUUCAGAAGCUCCAGGCACUCUACAGUCACAUCAACGAGCUGAUCCAGCUCCAACAGAUCCCCCCCAAGCUGGACGCCAACAAAGACCUGGUCCAUCUGUUGACGCUGUCCUUGGACCUUUACUACACCGAGGAUGAAAUCUAUGAACUAUCUUACGCUCGGGAGCCCAGAAACUGUAAAGCCACUCCAUCCACCCCAUCUCGACCUCCAGUGGUUGUGGACUGGGUAUCAGGAGUUGCCCCCAAACCCGAUCCCCGAACCAUCAGCAAGCAUGUGCAGAGAAUGGUGGACUCCGUUUUUAAGAACUACGAUCACGACGAGAACGGCUUCAUUUCCCAGGAGGACUUUGAGAAAAUUGCCGCCAGUUUCCCCUUCUCCUUCUGUGUCAUGGACAAAGAUAAAGAGGGUCUCGUCAGUAGAGAUGAGAUCACGGCUUAUUUCAUGCGGGCUAGCGUCAUCUGCUCCAAACUGGGGCUUGGCUUUGUCCACAACUUUCAGGAGACAACAUACAUGAAGCCCACCUUCUGUGAUAACUGCUCAGGAUUUCUUUGGGGUGUCAUCAAGCAAGGCUACAGAUGCAAAGACUGCGGGAUGAAUUGCCACAAGCUGUGCAAGGACCAGGUGGCUUUUGAGUGCAAGAAAAACACCAGAGUGAACAAUAACGCCAUCGACAGUCCCACGCCGAGCUCCACGCCUGUUACCACGGGAACCUCAGAGGGUUCAGACGAAUGUCCUUUCCCGUACCCGUCUGACGACAGCAAAGACUGGAGCCCAGACUCCCCGGUCUCCUCGCAUUCGGGGCUAAACAGAGUCCACAGCGCCACCCAGACCGAUGGUCCUCCACUGUCGCCCGAAUCCGCUCACACUCAACCGACCCUGCUCGUCCCGGCCCCCGCCGCGACCUCCCCGACGUGCCCCAGCCCGCUGCUCCAAAGGAAACAACGCCAUUGUGCCAAGUGGGAGAACCGAGCUUCUCUUGUGCAGAAGCCCAGCGAGCCCGAAGAAGAGGAGAAUCAAUCAGUCAGCGAAACCCUCCAAUCACGUCUUUGCCAGGAGAACCAAAGGCUCCAGAAGGCCAACGAGACGCUACACAGGAAGUUGAAGGAGGCCGAACGGGAGGUGGAAAUGUUAAAGACGCUGCUGGAGAGGCGCACACUUCAUCCCGUGGAGGAGGACGACUCCUUCUAGAUACAUCAAGUACUGUACAUAUACAGUAAACCUCGGAUAUAUCGGAUUCAAUUGUUCCCACUGGUUUUGUCCGAUAUAAGCGAAAUCCGUUAUAUGCGUAUACCGGAAAAUGUCCGUUUUACGCAUAUAUCGGAUUUUAUCUGUUAUAAAAACGCACUUCCUUGACUAUGUUUCCAAUGUACCUGGACGCGCAGGCAACGCUGCAAACGCUGCAAAUGACGUCGUAUAGCGGCCUGUCACGAUUCGGCGAAUCGGAGCGCCACAAUGCAGCCAUCCGAUAUAUGCGAGGGAAAUUUCAUGGAAAUGCAUUGGAAUGGGACUGGAGAUUUUGUCCGAAAUAGGCGAAAUCCGUUAUAAAAAAAUCCGAUAUAUGCAAUGAAUUUUUAUUGGAAAUGCAUUACAGAAAAAUCGGUUCUUUUUUAUCCGUCCGUUGUGAGCGAAUUUCCGAUAUAUCCGAGGUUUACUGUACAUGAAACGGGCAUUUAUGAUCCGGAUCUGGUUUACAGUCCAGCUAGAAUACACAGUGGAACCUCCAAGUAUUGGAUUUCAAGCUACAUUUUCUCAAACCAAAAAAAAACCCUGAUACCAUGCGAGAUACCCGCAAAUCCUUUAAGCAUGUCAACUUUUUCUUCGGAAAAACUAAUGCUCAGCUUCCUGAAUCCUCCUCAUCAGGUCAGCACAUGGAAGACGGCGCCCUCUACUGACGUGAUACUUGAAAAAAAAACUCCUCACGCAUUAAGGCGUCUACUGUUUCACAAAAUGAAACCAACAACUGUAAGUCAAAAACAGCAUGUUUUGUUGUUAAAUAAGGUUUGCUAACAAGGAAAAUCACACAGUUCCGACUCUGUUGCCGCCUUAUGUUUACGCAACAGUUUUUAAUUCCAGUACCGAUAAAACAAACGUCCUCUUCCCGGUUUCUUGGUAUCCCAACUUGGAGGCUCCACUCUGCUGUAUAAUCAUAAUAUCAUCAUAAUAAAAAAAAAAACAAGACAAGGUAUUAUCGAACUAAUGAGGGUAUUUACCAAUCAAAUGUGUCAUCUGAUGUUUUUGCAUGUCGUUUGUCUUGUUAAUGACCAAACAUUACAAAAUAGUAUAAGUGUAUAAAGAAGCGGGACGCCACUGAAUCGAGUGCAACUUUAUGGAGAUAACUGGUUUUAGUGCAUCCUUUUUAUGAUGGUCAUGUGUAACACUACACAGUUCAUUACACAUUUUUUUUUGUACAUUGGUACUAUUAGAUAUAUGUUUGCGUAUUUUGGGUUUAAUGCUCCAUAGUGUUGUAAAUGGACUCUGUGUGUGUGUGUGUGUGAGAGAGAGAGAAAUUAGGUAUUGGCGUACUCGACCAUAUUUCCUGUCAGUAUUGUGAGCUUUUGUUUGAAAAUAAAUGCUGGGCGUUCAUUGUGAAAGCAUUGCUUGUGUUACUGCGUGCGAGCACCAGGGGGCGGCAGAGUGCUAUAACAAACCCUAAUAGGCUACCGUUUUUAUUCUAACAGAGGUAUUACAAUUAUUCAUUCAUUUUCUACCGCUUAUCUAUGGAGGACCAAAACUGCCAAAAUAAUAAAUAAAUAAAAGUGAAAAUAAAAACAAAAAUGAAAAAAAAAUUAAAUACACAAAAAUAAAUAUAAAUGGAAAUAAAAACAAAAAUAAAAAAAUAUAUACAUAAAUAAAUAAAAGCAAAAAUAAAUACAAAAAUAAAAAACAAGAUUCAAAAAUUAAAAAUAAAUACAAAAAUAAAUAUAUAAAUAGAAUUACAUAUCAAUAAAUAAAUAAAAGCACUCUGCUCUCAUAUGUAUUUAUUUCAUGCUGCAGACAAUGUCAGCUUGAAAUGCAGAAGGAAAAACUAUUCAAAUGAGGGGGCGGUCCUAAGUGUGUCUUGGGUUGAACUGUUCGCCUAUUGGUUGAUCGACAUGUGAGUGUGAAAAAGCUCCGUCGGGGAGGAGAGAGAUCAGGCUCCAAUAAGGCUUCCACCCGGAAAAGCAGGUAAUCCGGGGAAGCAUUAUCCGAAAUAUCUGCUAGCAAACGGAGAUCCCUGGAGAUUGCAGCCAUAUUUACCGCCAUUGAGAGUGGUGUGGUGACUUCCUCUUGCUGUGGCCGUUUGCAGGCAUACCUAGUCGAUUUUCGCACUCACAUGUCGAUCAACCAAUAGGCGAACAGUUCAACCCAAGACACACUUAGGACCGCCCCCUCAUUUGAA